AGCGGCCGUCCUCUGCAUGCUCCAGGAAGUAAACGUAGAAUCAGCAGAGGAGAGGAGGGUAAUAAGUCCCUGAAAGCUACUGGUCCAGCGAGAAAAGUCAAUAUUAAAAUGUCCUUUAGGGGUUUGACAUCCGUUUUCAGACUAAGGUCCCUCUGCAGACUGCAGCGAAUCCAGGGCCACAUGAUGUCGAGUCACGUGGAAGCGGAUGUUCUCCUGGAGAAAGUGGGCAGAGCCGGAGUGAUCACCAUGAACAGACCUAAAGUCCUGAAUGCUCUCAACUUAACCAUGAUCCGACAGAUCUACCCACAGCUCAGGAAAUGGGAAAAGGACAAUGCGACGGACAUUGUGAUUAUCAAAGGAGCAGGUGGUAAAGCCUUUUGUGCAGGUGGAGACAUCAGAGCCGUCACAGAGGCAGGAAAAGCUGGACAGUCUCUUGCACAGGACUUUUUUCGGGAGGAAUACAUCCUGAACAAUACUAUAGGAUCGUACCAGAAGCCGUACAUCGCCCUCAUAGAUGGUAUAACUAUGGGAGGGGGCGUGGGUCUCUCAGUUCAUGGACGGUUUCGAGUGGCCACUGAGAAGACACUGUUUGCGAUGCCAGAGACUGCCAUCGGGCUUUUCCCAGACGUGGGAGGUGGCUAUUUUCUGCCGAGGCUCCAGGGGAAGUUGGGGCUGUUUCUCGCUUUGACGGGCUUCCGACUUAAAGGACGAGACGUGCAGCGAGCCGGAGUGGCCACUCACUUCGUGGAGUCUAAAAAGAUCCCAGACCUGGAGAAGGACCUGGUGGACCUGAAGUCUCCUUCUGCUGCAGAUGUCACCAGAGUGUUGGACUCCUAUCAGAACCAGAGUCGUCUGGACUCUGAAAAGCCUUUCGUUUUGGACAAGCACAUUUCUGAUAUUAACAGACUGUUCAGCUCCAGCAGCGUUGAAGGCAUCAUGGAGAACCUGAAGGCAGACGGCUCAGAGUUCGCUAAGAAACAAGCUGAGACCUUGUCUAAAAUGUCUCCCACGUCCCUGAAGAUCACCUACAAGCAGCUGCAGACGGGUGCGGCUCUGAGUCUGCAGGAUGUGUUGGUGAUGGAGUAUCGGCUGAGCCAGGCCUGCAUGAGGGGCUUUGAUUUCUACGAGGGCGUUCGAGCUGUGCUGGUUGACAAAGACCAGAGUCCCAAGUGGAAGCCGUCAACCCUGGAGGAGGUGUCUGAGCAGAGCGUGGAGCAGUGCUUUUCCUCUCUGGGAGAAAAGGACCUGUCUUUCUGAAGCUCCACCAGCCAGCUGCCUUCCUUCAAACACCACUAAGCCUUGUCUAAACGGCUGCUUCCUGCCCCCCACUUCCACGGCCGGUCAUUCGAGAGGACCGCACCGAUGAUGAAAUGUCUGUUAUAUUAUGACAAGCGCCGACACAGGCCACAUACUGAAACGGUUACUGUAGAUUAUCAUGUUCAUCUGGUGGCGUUUUACAGAGACGGUCGGACAUAUCCAGCGUGAACCUGCUCUGGAGUGGAAGCCGAGUGCGUUAAUUCCACCGUUUUUAACCUUUUUUUUUUUCCUGCAGCCAAACAGCAGCGUUGCAUCAACACGAGGACAUGGGAGUGGAAAAUGAUCUCACCGUUGAGUGCUUUAUUACAUUUCCUGUGGGUGUUUGUUGACGUGACAAAGAUCGGUAUCGUCUGUAUUCCUGCAGCAGCGUCACUGCUCCUGUUCUAGAUUUACUCUGGUUCUUCGCUUUUCCACAGUCUUUCCCUGUAGUUGUUCAAAAAGACGAGCAGCAGAUGUUGCCUCCAAUAUAUCAACAUGAUUGAUACCUUUGACAAAAUCUUCUCUAAUCACAAAUGUGCAGUUUUUUCUUUUGACCAUUUACUCAGAGUAAAGUGAAUCACAUUCAACAGAUGCAUUAUUUAUGAGACAUCCACAGUUUGGAUUCGGUAUCGGGCAAUAAAGUCGAUAAUCUGACAUGA